GUGGUCCUUGUUUUAGCUUAAAAUGAUGAAACCAGAACCAAGAGUUAAGAGAUUUUCACAAUGCCGUAUUAUUUUCAUGUGUAACAAAUGUUAUUUCGAUUCGUUACAAUCUUAUUAAACCCUUUGUUCCAAGUUUUGAUUUUUUUUUUCUUUUUUGUUUGUUCUUAAUUGUCGCAGGAAUUAAACGCCUCUUGAAUAUUCUUCACAGAUUAGCCCCAAGGAAUCUCAGGACAAAUGGACUAAGUCCGCAGAUGGCACUCUCACUGUCACUUUAGUGGUUCAUUGAGUUGAGGAAUUCCUACUAUUAUCAACCUGAAGUUAGUUUGAAGUUAUGCUCACAUGGGUGAUAUUAUUCAAGAAAGAUUGUCAGUUUCUUCGUCUUCGUCUUCCUCAUCAUCCUCAUUGUCACUACCAACAGCACAACCUAAAGGGAAUUCAUUGCCAAUAGAUAGGGAAUCUUGGAUGAUUGCAGAGCAGAGAGCUCAUGAGAUACUUUGCACUAUCCAACCUGUCGUUGUUUCAGACAGAAGUCGGAAUGAGAUCAUUGAUUAUGUACGAUCUCUUAUCAAGAGUCAUGAUGGAAUUGAGGUCUUUGCAUUUGGUUCGGUGCCUCUUAAAACCUAUCUUCCAGAUGGAGACAUUGAUCUGACGGUCCUAACUAAGCAAAAUAUGGAUGACGAUUUUUAUGGACAAUUGUGCAAUAAGCUUCAAAAUGAAGACAGCGAGUCUGAAUUCCAGGCAACAGGUGUUCAGUUUAUCCCUGCACAGGUCAAGGUCAUAAAAUGCAAUAUCAGGAACAUUGCUGUGGAUAUCUCUUUUAAUCAAACGGCAGGUCUCUGUGCUUUAUGUUUCCUGGAACAGAUUGACCAACUCUUUGGGAGAGAUCAUCUUUUCAAGCGUAGCAUCAUCUUAGUUAAAGCUUGGUGCUACUACGAGAGUCGAAUUCUUGGUGCGAACACUGGAUUGAUCUCAACAUAUGCAUUGGCAGUACUAGUCUUGCACAUCAUCAACCUAUUUCAUUCAUCAUUAUCCGGCCCUUUAGCGGUUCUGUAUAAGUUCUUGGACUAUUAUGGUUCAUUUGAUUGGAGCAACUACUGUAUCAGUGUCAGUGGUCGUGUGCCAAUAUCCUCCCUGCCAGAACUUAUGGCUUCAACUAAAGCUGUUGAAGGGAAUGGUCUUGAAUUUCCUAUCAAACCUCUCAAUAUAGUUGAUCCUCUAAAGCACAGCAACAACCUUGGAAAAAGUGUUACACAAGGAAAUGUCCAACGAUUAAGACAUGCUUUUACACAUGGAGCUCGAAAGCUCAGAGAUGUUCUUUCACUACCUGGUGAAAGCAUGGGAUGGAGACUGGAGAGAUUCUUUCGUAACUCUUUGGAGAGGAAUGGUAAGGGUCAAAGGCAAGAUGUAAAUGAUCCCGUUACUGCGUUUGGUACUGGAAGAUCAGAAUUAUCUGAACUUAGUGGAGAUUUCGAAGGUUACUUUGAAAGACUUGUGUAUGGGCAAAUGUAUCAUGGCUAUAGCAUACCUGGAACAUUUCAGCAUAGCUAUAUCCCGGUGAAUUCUCAUGUUAAGGACCAGAGUGGUUGGGAUAUCGUUCGUGACCUUGUGAGUUGUCGAAAGAACGAGUUUUAUCUGAGAGGUCUCAAUGUAUCAACCUCAGUGCAGCCUUUUCCUCUGCACUCUUUAACUAAUGGCUGUCAAAACAUGAGAAAGAGGAGAGGAACCGGCACGUACAUUCCUGACAUGAGUCGACAGUUAUACUCUGACAGGUUUAGAGACUCGAGUAGGAGAAACACAUCGGCGCAUCAUUUAAAAACUUCCGCUGAGGCAAUAGAUGAUGAGAAAGCCAGUAGUUGCUGCGUUCUUUCUGGUGAAGUGUCUACUUCUUGUACCGGUAACAAAGGAGAAGAAUGUGUGAGACCAGAGGCUUGUACCGACCCAGAUCAGCCUGUGCUCAAAUCUCCAAGAUGUGUGAAUCCGGAGAUAGAUGAAAAUUGCCAAUCUCUACCACCAGAAAACCUAGUAGAUGCUAUAUCUUCAAGCACAUUGGUACUGGAAAAUUGCAAAGAAGAGAACAGCAGAUCCUCGGAAACCAUGAACGGUUCUUGACUUUUAGAGAUUGUGACCAAAUCUUUGGUUGAUAUCUUAAUGUUCAGGAGUGCUAGGUCCUCUUAACCACAUGGACAAACUCUAUAUUCAACAGAUUAACAGAAACUUGAUUAUGCUGUUGACCAAUGUUUCAUUAGAGAUCUCUUUUUCAUUGUUGUUAGGACAGAACAUACAAGAGUGGUAUAGAUUAGCAGUUGUUUUUGGCUU